AUAUUUAUGUAUGGAGGAGUUCAACGGGGGGAGACAGUUAAUGUUAACUUUUAGUCUGUCGCCGCCAUUAUACCACCGAAGAAGCGUAUCCCGCCUUCUAUCUUCGGUAUUUUCUUCUUCUUCUUCUCCUUGGUACUACAAACUAUGGAGGCAACGUCAGUGUACAUGUGCUUCCCCUGCUACCAGGAGUUCAACACUCUUGAAGAGGUACUCAAACACCAGUUAACGUGCACUGCUGAUGAGGAACAGCCAAACACAUCCGGAGCCACCCCUGUUACUUUUCCAGUGCUACAGGCUCAGCAACAGGUAAUAAAUAUAUCAAGAACAGUUGCAGUCACACAGAUUCAAGGCCAAGCAGGACAUUCUUCUGUGCUACCUGUUAAGAAUAUAUUAAAUCAGUGUGGAGCCAGAACUCCAAAGCUGUCAUCAGACCAGCCCAGAAUCCUCUAUCAGUGUGGGGACUGUGAUGAACUUUUCAAGACCCUGGACCUUUGGCAGCAACACCGUAAAGAAGGGACAUGUCAGCAGUCCACCUCUGGGAGCAAGUCAGAUUUUACUUCACAGCCCGAGGCAGAGACUUCCUUAGCUCAGAGCUCCACUUCAACUCUAAAUCCUAAAGAUUCUUAUCUCUCAAAGACUCAAACUAGCAAGAAACCUAAGCCAGAACCAGUGGAGGACGUUGUAACAGACGAAGAGAAGCUGCCUGUUGCCGAGGCCUCUUCAGCUCAGAACUCUGAUCCUCCUGUUUUCGAGGUGACGGCUGCGACAUCAAAUCCAGAGGAUUCGUCUGCCAAGAAAAGAGGGGCAAACAAAAAGCCUAAGCCUGAUCCGGUUCUUCUGUGUGUGGACUGUGGCUCAUGCUUUGGCCUGGUGUCUGAACUAGUGGCCCACCGCAAGACCCAGCACGGCUUUGAGGAAGCCCUGCACCGCUGCUCUGUGUGUGGGGAGUGCUUUCUAAACACCACCCUGUUUCUCUACCAUCGCAAGCAACACCGGCAGAAAGGUGAGGAAAAAGUGGGAGCUGUUGCUGAAGCAGCAUCAGAGGACAUUUGUACCCAGAGCAAUGGAACUGAUGAACAGGAGCAGGAUGCCACUCCCUCCACCACCAGUGUGACCUCCACUUUCACACAGCCAGAGUUGUUUAUGUGCACCCAGUGUGGGGAGAGCUUCAGCGAGGAGGGAGAACUAGUUACUCAUCGUAAGCAGAAUCAUGGCCUGAAGGAGCCACUACACAGUUGCUCCCAUUGUGAUAUGAGCUUUAUGAAUACCACCCAGUACCUGUACCAUCGCCGUGAGCAUUGUAUUACAUCAGGGAAAGAAGUGGUAGAUAUAGCUGAAACUGCUGAUGAGACAGCUAAAGCUGAAACCCAGGAUACCUCACAGAGCUCAAAGCGGCUGCGUUCCCCCCCUGCCUCGGCUAGUGAGUCAAGUUCACCUCUUUCUAAGAGAAAGCGGCCCAUUUUCAGGAUCCUGAGUGGUACCAGCGCACUCAAAGGAAAAAAGGGUUCUAGUGUCAAAGAAGAAUCAGAGGGCAGCACUGCAGCAGACUCAGACAGCACCAACCACCCUCUGCCUGCCAAACUGAUGCAGGACUGGGCUCGCACGCCGCUGCCCCACGUUUGCCCUUACUGUGGCAAAACCUUCACCCGACGCGUUUUCCUCCGCACUCAUGUGUACAGCCACACUGGAGAAAAGCUCUUCACAUGCAAGGUGUGCACAAAGUCCUUCAGUAACUCCCAGAGCCUGCUGCGCCACAGCAUGAGCCACACAGGCGCCAAGCCCUUCAGCUGCGAUGUUUGUGACAAGAACUUCUCCCAGGCAGCCACCCUGAAGAGACAUCAACGCAUUCACACAUCAACAGAGCCACGGCGCAAGCGUGGACGAAAGCCGGUGUGUACUUUGGACAGUGAGGGAUCUGCUCAUCUGUUCCCUUGUCCUCACUGCCCGUCACGCUUUAACACGGAGGAUCAACUUAACCAUCACAAACUGCUCCACACCAGCCACCCGUUCCCUUGCCCUGAAUGUGGAGCGGCCUUCAAACGCAGGAAAGACCUGGACCUGCACUCCCUCACUCAUCAGGACAAGGAGCCAGCGAACUGCCCUCACUGUUCAUCACAGUUUGUGAACCAGGCAGUGCUGGAAAUCCACCUGCAGCGCUGUCCAACUUCUGAGGAGGAGAGGAACACUGGCCGUGGACGGGGGCAGGGGCGGGGACGAUGCACCGGGCAGAUUGAGUGUGACCUAUGUGGCCACCGUUGCAUGACCCAAGAGGGCCUCGACCUUCAUCGGUUAUCCCACACAGGCCAGACACCUCUCAAAUGCCCAGUGAGGCCUUGCCGCCGCCGAUUUACCUCCAACGGUGCCUUGGAGGAACAUGUGCUGGCCCAUAUCCAAGGGACGCUCAGCAAGUCCAAAAACCAACCUCGCUUCCACUGUCAGAUUUGCCAGAAGGAAUUUGCCUACAAUUCCACCUUCAGUGUUCACAUGAGGACACACACUGAUGAGAGGCCCUUUGAGUGCACCAAAUGUGGCAAGCGCUUCCGCCAGCUGCCCCACCUUCAGGACCAUGAGCGGAUCCACAGUGGCCUGCGUCCUUUCUGCUGCUGGAUUUGCGGUAAGAGUUUCAGCGUGGCUGCCCGUCUCACCGAGCACGCCCGCACCCACAGUGGCGAGAAGCCCUACCCCUGUCAUCACUGCCCUGCAGCUUUCCGAUCUCGUUCUAACCUGGAUAAACACAUCCGGCUACAUGGAGAGCUGCCUGAGGAAACCGCCGAGCAGGUGGCACAGGCAGCUGAGGCCGCCCAGGUCCAGAAGGUGCUGGAGGGGGCCAAGGUGCUGUCCUCUCUGGCCGCCGCAGGAGAGGCUGAGUCUGGCUCUGUGCAGACAAUUUAUGUCCUGCAGGGGGGCGAAGGAGGCACAGACACUGUCAUGAUCCCAUCUGAUCAGCUCAGUGGCAUGGAGGGAACAUCGCAAGUCGUCAUCCUGCCCACGUCUGUUCUGGGAGCUCAGACCAUUACAGUCCCCACUAUCACCAUGGAUGGAAAUGAAAUCACCAUGGUGGAGGCGUCACCGCAGCACGCCAUUGAGUUCAUAGUGGAGGAGACUGUAUGAAGGCAGUUCAGAAAUUUUUGUGGAAAGGAGAACAUGGUUUAGACAGAGUGAAACGUUUGUUGAGAACAUCAAUGUUGAUGGAGUGAACAGUUUGGUAAUUAAAGGGUGUGCAGUUGUUACCUUUAUAUGAAUAUAGUUUGAUAGGUUUCUAAGCCAGUUUAAAUAAAGGUCUCCUCCUGUGAACAGUCAUUUAAUAACAUUGUUGAAACAGUAUAAAAAGUAGUGAAACUAGGGAAGAAAUGCUCAGGAGAGGAGACUGUACCGUAGAUUAGUCAUUUGGGAAAAGGUUGGAGAAUUUGUUCUUGAUUGUAUUUACAGCCCUUGUUCAUAAGGGUAAGACUGGCAGUGGCCUGUGAAAUGUCUUCUGCUUUCUUCACAAUAAAAAGCUUCAGCUUUCA